ACGCGUGCUACUUGACAAAUGAAAGCAAUAAAGGCAGGAACCAACUGUAUCUGUAUUGGAGACUUUGAUGUAGUUCUUUGACUUUUAUAGGUUAGAAAGGGAGUGUUGAAGGGAGGAAGUAUUGGUCAUCUCAUCUCAAGAGAUCGAUUCAAGAAAAAUGGUGAGCAGUUCGCUCCUUUCUACUGCUGCUAAGAGGUUGGAAGGAAAAGUAGCAAUAAUUACUGGUGGUGUUGGUGGCAUUGGAUCUGCCAUUGCCAAGGUAUUCUGUCAACAUGGUGCCAAAGUCCUAAUAGCCGACACCAGAGAUGAUGAAAGCCAGUCUUUCUUUGUUCACUGUGAUGUCACAAGCGAAUCAGACGUCCAAAGCGCAGUGAACAAAGCAGUCUCCACCCAUGGAAGGCUUGACAUAAUGGUGAACAAUGCAGGCAUCUUGGGAGCCAAGGUAUCGGACAUUCUUGAUUGCGAUGCGACUGAUUUUGUUAAUGUGUUUCUUGUUAACACCCUAGGUGCAUUUCUGGGAACGAAACACGCUGCUCGUGUGAUGAAACCCGUGCAAAGGGGGAGCAUAAUAAACACAGCUAGUGUUGCUGGUUUUAUGGGGGGUUUUCCACAUGCUUAUACGUGCUCAAAACAUGCAAUUGUUGGCCUCACUAAGAACACUGCCCUUGACUUGGGGCGAUAUGGUAUCCGAGUCAAUUGUGUUUCCCCUUAUGCAGUUCCUACACAGAUGGCAAGGAGCUAUUUUGGGUUGUCAGAGGAUGACAAAUUUGAUGUGUAUUCAAGCCUUAAAGGUGUGGAUUUGAUGGCAGAGGAUAUUGCAGAGGCUGUUCUUUAUCUUGCAAGUGAUGAGUCCAAGUAUGUGAGUGGCCACAAUCUUGUUGUGGAUGCUGGCUUCUCCAUUUCUAAUUUAGCCUUAAAUCUUUUCAACCAAUAAAUUAUAUUAUAUAUAUUCCAUAUGCAUUAUAUUAUAUUUAAGGUAAUUUCGUUUAUGGCAAAUCAUAUAAUGAUCAUGGACAUUAUUCUAUUUUCUGCAUUUUGUUAUAAAUGUACGUUCAUCA